CUAUUAAUUAGUUCAUUCAAAAGCAGCCGGGAAUACUUUUGAAACAAAGGCAGCCAUGGAAGUUGAUCUAAGAAAAACGCCCCAAAUCAAGCAGGAACAACAUAAGGGAGACGAUCGCCAUGACGGAAAACAAGAGGAUGAGAUGCAGUUUGAGUUAACCAAAGCUGAAUUGGGUGAGGUGAGGGAAGAAAACCAAAGGCUUAGGGUGCACUUGGACCAGAUCAUGAAGGAAUACCAAACCCUUCAAAAGAAGUUCCAGGAUGUCUACCAUCAACAACAAGAAACUUCAACCGCAAUCAAGCACAACGACAAACCGCAAAUCAACGAGGAAUCCGAGCUAGUUUCCCUCAGUCUAGGAAGAACUUCAUCGACCGAACUGGUCAAGAAAGAUAAGAAAUGCUCAACUCCUCCUCCAACCAAAAGUGCAACAGAAGGGUUAGAUCUUGGACUAGAGUGUGGAAAAUUUGAACUGUCAUCCACCACACAAGCCGAAUCUUCGGUUAUCCCCCCGAGCCCAGAUAAUAGUUUGGAAGAAGCUAAAGAUGAAGCUGUGACACAGAAACCUUCCACUCCGAAGAGAAAUGCAGAUGAUCAAGAGGUUUUGCAACAAAAUCCUGCAAAGAAAACUAGGGUUUCUGUUAGGGUUCGAUGUGACACCCCAACGAUGAACGAUGGAUGUCAAUGGAGAAAAUAUGGACAAAAAAUUGCGAAAGGGAAUCCUUGUCCGCGGGCGUAUUAUCGUUGCACCGUUUCUCCCACUUGCCCAGUUAGGAAACAGGUACAAAGAUGUCCUCAAGAUAUGUCAAUUUUGAUCACCACAUACGAAGGAACACACAACCACCAGCUUCCGGUUUCCGCCACUGCUAUGGCUUCCACCACCUCCGCGGCCGCAAGUAUGAUAACUUCGGGCUCCUCGACCUCCGGCUCAAACUCAACCCCUAACCCAAGCACCAGUUCUCAAAGGCUAAACUUUUAUCUCAAUGAGAACUCGAAACUAAAGCCGAUUUACUUGCCACAUUCUUCGAUAACCCCCUCGCCCUCGUGCCCAACCGUCACGCUUGAUCUUACUUCAAACACGCUUUCGACAUCAUCACCUUACAACUAUAACCGAUCGCAACCACUCACCUCCAUUUUCCCACCAAGAUAUUCAACCACAAACCUCAAUUUUAGCUCUUUGGAGUCUAAUGCAACCCCAAUUUCUUGGACCAAUGGGUCCUUCAACUAUAGAGAAAAUCAAAUGGGGUCCCUCAACUUUGGAUCAACACAAACUCAAGAAAACAUUUACCAUUCUUUCAUGCAAAAUAAGCCCAUGAUGGGAAUACCAACCACUACUCAACAUUCUCUACAACCAGACACCAUUGAGGCUGCAACAAGGGCAAUCACAUCAAACCCUAAUUUCCAAUCGGUUUUACAAGCGGCACUGACGUCUAUAAUCGGCAGCGGUGCAGUGGGAAGUCAAGGCGCAAGUGAGAAAUCCGGGCAGGCUGUGAAACUGGGAGAUACAUUUCCAGUGCUUUCGAGCUUUCCUUCAACGUCAAAUGCGAAUAAAUGCUCGACAACCUUCAUCAACAAAUCAAUGGCUGCAAAUACAUUGAAUUCUCAAGCUGCAGGAUCAAACUCGUUGCAGUGUUCUAGCUCAAGGAGUAAAUCUACUUCCCCAGAAACUAGCAGAGACCAUGUCGUCUGAUGGAGAUAAUUAGGAUUGUUUUUGUUGUAUUUUUGUAACUUUUGACUUUUGAUGGUUUAAAAUAGUCAAUGAUCUAUGAUCAAACAAAGAUAAAAUUGUAAUUAAUUUACGUAUUGUAACAUUUAUUAUACAUAAUAAUUGCCAAGGGAUGAUGCAUGAGUGAAGAAAA